AGCUGUCCGUUUGUUUGGGGAGUUUUUCGUUCAAGGAUGAAUUCGGGGGAGGGAGAGGAGACAUCGAAGGAGGCGGCCGACAUAGCGGCGUUUUUCAAAUCUGAAUCCUCUUUUCCAAAAUGUGAACCCAAGCUUGAAUUACCCACUCACACAGGGUUCCACAGGAAUGAGGACAUGAAGGCCAUUGAAGUUCUGCCCAUUCUUAAAGAGAAGGUGGCAUUCUUAUCAGGUGGAAGAGAUCGUCGUGGAGGGCCAGUCCUCACAUUUCCAGCCAGAAGUAACCAUGACAGAAUACGACAGGAGGACCUCAGACGACUCAUUGCGUACCUCGCCGGCAUCCCCAGCGAGGAGGUGAGCAGACAUGGCUUCACGGUCAUCGUGGAUAUGCGAGGAUCCAAAUGGGACUCUAUCAGACCUUUGCUGAAGAUUCUGCAAGAGUCCUUUCCAUCCUGCAUCCACAUCGCGCUCAUCAUCAAACCUGACAACUUCUGGCAGAAGCAGAGGACUAAUUUCGGCAGUUCCAAGUUUGAAUUUGAGACCAUCAUGGUGUCCCUUGAGGGCUUGACCAAAGUGGUCGAUCCCUCCCAGCUGACCCCAGACUUUGAGGGCAGUCUGAACUACAACCACGAGGAGUGGAUUGAGGUUCGGGUGGCCUUUGAAGAGUUCACAAACAAUGCCGCUCGUGCCCUGGCCCGUUUGGAGGAGCUACAGGAUAUGGUGUCGCAGCGGGAACUGCCCUCAGACCUGGAUGGGUCUCGGCGAGCCAUGGAGGAGCAUGCCUCUCUGAAGAAGAAGGUUACUAAAGCUCCUGUGGAGGAGUUAGAUGCAGAGGGCCAACGUCUGCUCCAACGGAUCCAGAGUGGAGAUAAAGGUCGAGGAGAUAUCCAGGGUUUAGCUCCCAAAGUCCAGACGCUGCUGGAUAAACUCCACGGCACACGGCAACAUCUACACCAGGCCUGGCACAUGCGCAAAGUCAAACUGGAUCAGUGCUUUCAGCUAAGACUCUUCCAGCAGGAUGCAGAGAAGAUGUUUGACUGGAUCAUCCAUAAUAAAGGCCUGUUCCUGACCACCAGCACAGAGAUAGGAGCCAACCAUCAACACGUGCUGGAGCUGCAGACUCAACACAACCACUUUGCCAUGAACUGCAUGAAUGUGUAUGUGAACAUCACUCGGAUCAUGUCCGUGGGGAACAGGUUGCUGGAGUCGGGUCAUUAUGCCACACAGCAGAUCCAGCAGAUCUCAGGUCAGCUCGAGCAGGAGUGGAAAGCAUUCGCAGCUGCUCUGGACGAGAGGAGCACGCUGCUGGAAAUGUCUGCUAACUUCCACCAGAAAACUGACCAGUAUAUGAGCAACAUGGACUCAUGGUGUAAGGCCUGUGGUGAGGGAGAACUUCCUUCUGAGCUACAGGACCUAGAAGACACCAUCCACCACCACCAGAGUGUCUAUGAACACAUCAGUGCCGCCUAUUCUGAGGUAAGUCAGGAUGGCAAAGCCCUUUUAGAUAAGCUACAGCGUCCUUUGACCCCAGGCAGUGCGGAUUCGCUGACAUCCUCGGCUAACUACUCCAAGGCAGUGCACCAUGUCCUGGAUAUCAUUCAUGAGGUGCUGCACCACCAGAGGCAGCUGGAGAACAUCUGGCAGCACCGCAAACUCCGCCUCCAUCAACGCCUACAGCUCUGUGUCUUCCAACAGGACGUCCAGCAGGUUCUAGAUUGGAUUGAGAAUCAUGGUGAGGCAUUCCUCAGUAAGCACACAGGGGUGGGGAAGUCUCUGCACAGGGCUCGAGCACUGCAGAAACGGCAUGAGGACUUUGAAGAAGUGGCUCAGAACACCUACACUAACGCUGACAAACUCCUGGAGGCGGCAGAGCAGCUAGCACAGACGGGCGAGUGUGACCCUGAAGAGAUCUACCAGGCUGCCCACCAGCUGGAGGACCGCAUCCAGGAUUUCGUUAGACGAGUUGAGCAACGCAAAGUCCUGCUCGACAUGUCAGUGGCCUUCCACUCUCACAGCAAAGAGCUGUGGACGUGGUUGGAGGAGCUUCAGAAGGAGCUUUUGGAUGAUGUUUAUGCUGAGUCAGUGGAGGCAGUGCAGGAGCUCAUCAAACGCUUCGGUCAGCAGCAGCAAACCACCUUGCAGGUCACCGUCAACGUCAUAAAAGAAGGAGAGGAUCUUAUCCAGCAGCUAAGAGACUCGGCAAUCUCCAGCAAUAAGACUCCUCAUAACAGCUCUAUGGCUCACAUCGAGAGUGUGCUGCAGCAGCUGGACGAGGCUCAGGCUCAGAUGGAGGAACUGUUUAAGGAACGCAAGAUCAAACUAGAGCUCUUCCUCCAGCUCAGGAUCUUUGAACGAGAUGCCAUUGAUGUAAUCUCAGACCUGGAGUCGUGGAAUGAGGAGCUCUUACAGCAGAUGAAUGAGUUUGACACUGAAGAUCUGACGUUGGCUGAGCAGAGACUGCAGCAUCACGCAGAUAAAGCUCUCACCAUGAACAACCUCACCUUCCACGUCAUACACCAGGGACAGGAGCUGCUGCAGUAUGUCACAGAGGUGCAGGCCUCAGGUGUGGAGUUGUUGUGUGAUCGUGAUGUUGACAUGGCGACGCGGGUGCAGGACCUGCUGGAUUUCCUGCAUGAGAAACAGCAAGAGCUGGACACAGCUGCAGAGCAGCACAGACGGCACCUGGAGCAGUGCGUACAGCUGCGGCACCUACAGGCUGAGGUCAAACAGGUGCUGGGCUGGAUCCGUAAUGGGGAGUCAAUGCUCAAUGCAGGUCUCAUCACAGCCAGCUCUCUACAGGAGGCAGAGCAGUUACAGAGGGAACAUGAGCAAUUUCAGCAUGCCAUUGAGAAAACCCAUCAGAGUGCAUUGCAGGUGCAGCAGAAGGCGGAGGCUCUGCUGCAGGCCAAUCACUAUGACAUGGACAUGAUCCGUGACUGUGCAGAGAAAGUGGCGUCACACUGGCAGCAGCUCAUGCUGAAGAUGGAAGACCGACUCAAACUGGUUAACGCCUCAGUGGCCUUCUACAAGACCUCAGAGCAGGUGUGUAGUGUGUUGGAGAGUUUAGAGCAGGAAUACAAGCGAGAGGAGGACUGGUGUGGGGGGAUCGAUAAACUGGGACCAAACUCAGAGUCUGACCAUGUGACGCCCAUGAUCAGUAAACAUCUGGAGCAGAAAGAAGCCUUUCUCAAGGCAUGCACGCUUGCCAGACGCAACGCUGAUGUCUUCCUCAAGUAUCUACACAGAAACAGUGUGAAUAUGCCAGGAAUGCUUGCACAUGUCAAAGCCCCUGAACAGCAAGUCAAGAAUAUCCUGAAUGAACUGCUGCAGAGGGAGAACCGGGUUCUGCACUUCUGGACCAUGAGAAAGAGGAGGCUGGAUCAGUGUCAACAGUACGUGGUGUUUGAACGCAGCGCCAAACAGGCUCUGGAGUGGAUCCACGAUACAGGAGAGUUCUACUUGUCCACACACACUUCCACAGGCUCCACUAUACACCACACACAGGAACUGCUCAAGGAACAUGAGGAGUUCCAGAUCACAGCCAAGCAAACCAAAGAGCGGGUAAAGUUGUUGAUCCAGCUGGCCGAUGGCUUUUGUGAGAAGGGCCACUCCCAUGCGAGUGAGAUUCAGAAGUGGGUGGCCUCGGUGGACAAACGCUACCGUGACUUUUCCAUCCGUAUGGACAAAUAUCGUUCCUGUCUGGAGAAAGCACUCGGCCUGUCCACAGACUCCAACAAAGUGAGUAAAGAUCUGCAGUUGGACAUCAUUCCAGCCAGUGCUCCUGGUGCAGAGGUCAAAUUUAGAGAAGUCAACCAUGAACUCAACGAGGAGAAGCGCAGAUCAGCCCGCAGAAAAGAGUUUAUUAUGGCAGAGCUCAUUCAGACUGAGAAGGCAUAUGUGAGAGACCUGCGGGAGUGUACGGAUACGUACCUGUGGGAGAUGAUCAGUGGCUUGGAAGAGAUUCCCCCAGGGAUUGUCAACAAAGAGCACAUAAUCUUCGGCAACAUGCAAGACCUAUAUGAGUUCCAUAACAACAUUUUCAUCAAAGAGUUGGAGAAAUAUGAGCAGCUUCCAGAAGAUGUGGGUCACUGUUUCGUCACAUGGGCGGAUAAGUUUCAGAUGUAUGUGAAUUACUGUAAGAACAAGCCUGACUCCACUCAGCUCAUUGUAGAACAUGCAGGGACCUAUUUUGAUGAAAUUCAACAGAGGCACAGGCUUGCCAACUCCAUCUCUUCAUACCUUAUUAAACCAGUUCAGAGGAUCACCAAGUACCAACUGUUGCUGAAGGAACUGUUGACGUGUUGUGAGGAGGGCAAAGGUGAGAUUAAAGAUGGUCUGGAGGUAAUGCUUAGCGUGCCCAAGAGAGCCAAUGAUGCCAUGCACCUCAGCAUGCUGGAGGGUUUUGAAGAGAACAUCGAGUCUCAGGGUGAGCUGAUUCUGCAGGAGUCAUUCCAGGUUUGGGAUCCAAAGACUCUCAUUCGUAAGGGCCGUGAGCGGCAUCUCUUCCUCUUCGAGAUGUCCCUCAUCUUCAGCAAGGAUGUCAAAGACUCCAAUGGCAGGAGCAAGUACCUCUACAAGAGCAAGCUCAUGACCUCAGAACUGGGAGUUACAGAACAUGUGGAAGGAGAUCCCUGCAAAUUUGCUCUGUGGGUUGGAAGGACACCUACCUCAGACAGUAAAAUUGUUCUAAAGGCUUCCUGUAUUGAAAACAAACAGGACUGGAUCAAACAUGUUCGUGAAGUUAUCCAGGAGCGUACCAUCCAUUUAAGGGGUGCACUUAAAGAGCCAAUCCACAUCCCCAAAGCGACUGCAUCCAAGCACAAGGGGAAACGGGAUGUAGAGGAUCUAGACAGCCAGGGUGACGCAAGCAGUCAGCCUGACACUAUCUCCAUCGCCUCCCGCACCUCCCAGAACACGCUGGACAGUGACAAGUUUUCCGGUGGCUCAGAGUUGACUGUGGUCAUCCAUGACUUCAUGGCCAGUAAUGGUUCAGAGUUGACGGUACGUAGAGGUCAGACAGUGGAGCUAGUAGAAAGGCCCCAGGACAAGCCUGACUGGUGCCUGGUCCGAACCACCGACCGCUCCCCUGCCCAGGAGGGCCUGGUGCCCAGUUCCAUGCUUUGCAUUGCCCAUUCCCGCAGCAGUAUGGAGAUGGAGGGCAUUUUCAACCAUAAAGACACACUGUCAGUGUCCAGUAAUGAAGGAGGUCUGUCAGGCAGUGCCACACUUCAGCCGGGUCAUUUGCAGAGUUCCCCUGGACCCAAGCGACCCGGUAACACUCUACGUAAGUGGCUGACCAGCCCCGUCAGACGCCUCAGCAGUGGCAAAGCAGACGGACACAUAAAGAAACUCGCACACAAGCACAAGAAGAGCCGAGAUGUGCGAAAGAAUGCCGAACCUGGCUCGCAGAAAGACUCUGACGACAGUGCCGCCACACCGCAGGAUGAGACCAUAGAGGAGAGGAUGAGAAACGAGGGAUUGAGCAGUGGCACUCUGUCGAAGUCUUCUUCCUCAGGGAUGCAGAGCUGUGGUGAGGAGGAGGGCGAAGAAGGCCCAGACUCUGUUCCUCUGCCGCCCCCCAUGGCCAUUCAGCAGCACAGCCUUCUGCACCAGGAUUCACAGGAGGACAAGGCUCGCCUCUCUGGGCAUCCCAGCAGCUCAGAGACGCCGAGUGCAGCUGAUCUGGUCAGUGCCAUUCAGGAACUCGUCAAGAACAAAAUGAGUCUAGAGGACAGGCCCAGUUCUCUCCCUGUUGAGCAAGUAGACAGCAGUAGCCCCUCCUGCAACCCCUCAGAUAACUCCCUCCUGUCUUCCUCCUCCCCCAUCGAUGAGAUGGAAGAACGCAAGACUGGCUUCCUCAAGAGAAGACAUUAUGUUCUGCUGGAGCUAGUGGAGACUGAGAGAGACUAUGUGAGAGACCUUGGUGCAGUCGUGGAGGGCUACAUAAGCAGGAUGAAGGAGGAGGGGGUACCCGAUGAUAUGAAGGGCAAAGACAAAAUCGUGUUCGGGAACAUUCACCAGAUCUAUGACUGGCAUAAAGACUUCUUUCUAGGUGAGGUUGAGAAGUGCUUGGAGGAUCCUGAUAGACUUGCAUCCCUGUUUAUCAAACAAGAGCGGAGAUUGCACAUGUACAUUGUCUACUGCCAAAACAAGCCUAAAUCAGAGCACAUUGUUUCUGAGUACAUCGACACGUAUUUUGAGGAUCUAAAGCUGAGGUUGGGUCACAGGCUACAGAUCACAGACCUGCUCAUCAAGCCAGUGCAGAGGAUCAUGAAGUACCAGCUUCUGCUGAAGGAUUUUCUCAAAUUCUCCAAAAAGGCUGGUUUGGACACCAUAGAAGUAGAGAAAGCUGUAGAGGUGAUGUGUGUGGUUCCUAAACGCUGCAAUGACAUGAUGAAUGUUGGACGCCUCCAAGGCUUUGAUGGUAAAAUCGUAGCCCAGGGCCGACUGCUUCUCCAGGACACCUUCAUGGUCUCGGACCAGGAUGGUAGUCUUCUUUCCCGCAUGAAGGAGAGGCGUGUCUUCCUCUUUGAGCAGAUAGUUAUCUUCAGUGAACCUCUAGAUAAGAAAAAGGGCUUCUCUAUGCCAGGCUAUCUGUUUAAGAACAGCAUAAAGGUCAGUUGGUUGGGUCUAGAGGAGAGCCCUGACAAUGACCCUUGUAAGAUUAUUUUGACGUCGAGGUCAUCGACUGGAAGUACAGAACACUAUGUCCUCCACUCCUCCAACCGGGCAGUUUGCCAAGCCUGGAUACAGCAGAUCAGCAGCAUCCUGGAGAACCAGAGAAACUUCCUCAAUGCACUGACGUCACCCAUUGAAUACCAACGGAACCAUGUUGGGGCGAGUGGUCUUGGGGGACCCAGCAGCAGUGGACUCCCGGGGGGUAGCAGCAGCUCAGCCAUGGGUCCUGGCUGUGGCUCCCGGUCCCGAGGUUCCAGAAUCCCUCAGCCUUCCUCUCGUCUCCCACAGCCUGUGCAGCACCACCACGCCCCCGCCCCAGAUGACCGCACCUCAGGUACGUGCCCUCUCCCUGACCAGGACCUAAAUGGUGAGGCCCCAAGGAUGCGAGUCUUGAAGGAACUGCAGGAGGAGGCCCAGUCAGGGGCGCCCAUCCCAAGAGCCUCAGUGGCUCCCCUGUCUCUCACCCUAACGAAGCCCCGUCUCGGGGUCCCUUCGCCUAUUCUUUCCCCCUUGAUCCCACAGACAUUCACACCCUUCGUGCCAGGUAUCCUAGUCCAGAAGGGCUCCCCAUUUUGUGCCUCCAUGCCAGUCUCGCCCACUGGCAGGCCUGGCUCUUACACAGAGCAGAGUGACACGUUGAGUCGCAGCCAGAGUCAGACCCGCCGGCACUCCACACACAGUAAGGAGCUGGACCGCAUCAGCACCUGCUCCUCCACCAGUGAGCAGUCCCUGCACUCCACUCACAGCAAUGGGAGUGAAAGCAGCAGCAUCAGCAGCAGUGUGUCCACCAUGUUGGUGACCCAGGACUACGUGGCUCUAAAGGAGGAUGAGAUCAGUGUAUAUCAAGGAGAGGUUGUGCAGAUAUUGGCCUCUAAUAAGCAGAAUAUGUUUCUGGUUUUCCGCGCUGCCACAGAACAAGGCCCAGCGGCCGAGGGCUGGAUCCCCGGCUACGUUCUGGGUCACACCUCCACCAUCAUUCCCGACUUCCCUGACGGAACCCUCAAGAAGUCUUCAUCAUGGCACACAGCUCUCCGUAUCAGGCGAAAGUCUGAAAAAAGAGAUAAAGAGGGCUGGAAGGAGAGUAAACCGGAGAAUGGCUAUCGCAGGUCUAGAGAUGCAACGGAAAAUAAGGUUUCUGUAAAGCUUUUGAAUCCCAACUACAUCUAUGAUGUCCCCCCAGAGAUUGUGGUCCCUCUGAGUGAGGUGGUGUGUGACAGGGGCAACAGCGUGACUCUCCGCUGUAAGAUCUGUGGGCAGCCCAAAGCCUCGGUCUCCUGGAGAGGACCAGACCAGAGCACUCUCAGCAAUGCUGGCAGAUACACUCUCACACACAGUGAAACCGGUGAAGUGACCCUUCGUAUCUCGCCUGCCACUCUAGAGGACAGCGGCACUUACACCUGCAUCGCUUCUAAUGACGUGGGCUCAGUGACAUCAUCAGCCUACCUCAGAGUGCUUGGCACUUCCUGUGAUGGUAUCCUUUGGAAGAAUAACUUUGAGUUCCUCUACACUGAGGUCAUGGAACUGGGGAGAGGCAGGUUUGCCGUCACAAAGUGGUGUGAGCAGAGAGGGAGCAGGCGAUCGGUGGCCGCUAAGCUGGUGAACAAGAAGCUAAUGCAUCGAGAACAGGUGAUUCAGGAGUUGGCGGUCCUGCAGUGUCUUCAGAAUCCACAUGUGGUGGGCCUGCUCGACACCUACGAGACCCCAGCCAGUUACAUUCUCAUUCUGGAGAUUGCUGAUCAAGGACGUCUCCUUGACUAUAUUGUUAGCUGGGGGAACCUGACUGAAGAAAAAGUGGCUCUUUAUCUACGGGAUAUUCUAGAAGCUUUACACUACCUUCAUGCAUGCAGGAUAGCUCACCUAGACUUGAAGCCUGAGAAUGUACUGAUCGAGCAUACGUCAACCCAGCCUCUGGUCAAACUGACGGACUUCGGUGAUGCGGCGCAUCUCUCCAACAUCCCGUACAUCCACCCUCUGCUAGGCAGCCCUGAGUUCUCCGCCCCUGAGCUGGUCUUGGGGGAGCCCGCGGCUCUAGGGUCUGACCUCUGGAGUCUGGGUGUGCUGGCGUACGUGAUGCUCAGCGGGGCGUCCCCAUUUCUGGAUGAAAGCGUCGAAGAGACCUGCCUGAACAUCUGUCGCCUCGACUUUAGCUUCCCGGACGACUACUUCCGUGGCGUGAGUCAGGCGGCGAGGGACUUCGUAUGCAUCUUACUGCAAGGCAAACCGUGCAGACGUCCCUCUGCGCUGGUUUGCCUGCGGAAGGAGCCCUGGCUGCAGCCGAACGCGGCAUCUGGAACAGCUCGCCUCGACACUUCCAGACUCAUCUCCUUUAUAGAGCGGAGGAAACACCUUAAUGACCUGCGACCUGUUGCCAGUCUCAAAGCCUUCCUGCAUAGUCGCCUCCUCAGCCAGGCCUGAAAGACUAGUAAUCACAUUUUCUAGCUGGUUCUGAGAGUAUAGCCCACAAUAAUCAAACCACAAUCUCCUGAGUUAAAGGGAUAGUUCAACCAAAAAUGAAACUUCUCUCAUGAUUUACUCACGCCAUCCAAGAUGUGUAUGACUUCCUGUCUUCUGCUGAGCACAAACAAAGAUUUUUAGAAGAAUAUUUCAGCUCUGUAGGUCCUCAACAUGCAAGUGUAUGGUGACCAAAAUUUUGAAGGUCCAAAAAGCACAUGAAUGCAGCAUAAAAGGAAUCCAUAAGACUCAAGUGGUUUAAAGCGAUAGGUGUGGAUAAGAAACGGAUCAAUAUUUGUCUUUUUUUUUUUUUUUUUUUUUACUAUAAAUCUACUUUCAAACAGCCCUCAUGCAAGUUCAUGAGAGUUUUUCUGUUUUUUGCUGAUUCGCAUGCUUCAUGCAUAUCGCCACCUACUGGGCUGUUGUGCAAAUAUGAUUUUUUAAUUAUUUUCCUUUGCUUUAUCCCUCACUAUUUUUCUUUAUCCUAGGUGGCGAUAUGUACAAAGAUACAUACGAAGAAUGCAAUUGCUAAAAUACAGAAAAAGUAGAACUCUGUCCUCUUGUAAACCAAAAAAAAAAGACAUAAAUAUUGAUCUGUUUCUCACCUACACUUAUCAUAUCACUUCUGAUGAAAUUGAUUUAAAAACUGGAGUCAUAUGGAAUACUUCUAAGAUGUCUUUAUGUGCUUUUUGGAGCUUCAAAGGUCUGGUCACCAUUCACUAACAUUAUAUGGACCUACAGAGCUGAGAUAUUCUUCUAAAAGUCUUCAUUUGUGUUCUGCAGAAGAAAGAAAGUCAUACACUGAGGCAUGAUGGUGAGUAAAUUAUGAGAGAAUUUUCAUUUUAGGAUUAACUAUCCCUUUUAGGUUACAGUGGCAAAAAAACUGUAUUAAAGGAAUAGUUCACCCAAAAAAUUUAUAAAUACAUAAAAAAUGGAAAAUGUUAAUUUCUCACCCUCAUGUCUUUGGAAACCCGUAUGACUUUAUUUCUUUAAUGAAACACUAAAGGAGAAAUGUACAGCAUAAUAACAUAAACAUUCAGUCUCUUCCACACAAAGCUAUUGUGUGGCGAAAAAUAGUGUAUGAGUUGUAUAGACCACUUUUAUGAUGCUUUUUUUUCUCUUUGGAGCUUGACAACCCUUGUUCACCAUCCACUUUUAAUUGUUUGUAAAAGAGCAGCAUGGACAUUGUACUAAGCGUCUCCUUUUGUGUUCCAUGGAAGAAAAACAUAUAGGUUUGGAAUGACGUGAUGGUGAGUAAAUCACACAACUAACUAUUCCUUUAAUGACAAUCUCUCCUCCAGUUAAGAGCAAAAGAUUGAAGACAGCAGGAGAAAAUAUGGAAAAUGAAGUAAGAAAAUAUGAUAUGCUGAAAUCUCAUCCUCGUUUUAGAGCCAAUAUUGAAAUGGUUCUGGGUCUCUAUAAACUGCUGCUGAAAAAACUCUGAAGUCCCCUUCCCUACCCUUCAACAAAUCAUUUCAGCUACACAUAUGUGCUCUAUUUGUAUAGAUGGCACUCACAAGAAAAAAAAAAUGUGAAUAAAGAAGGGAGGAAAGGUUUUGUUUUCUUCUUUCUUUUUUUUUAGGGUAUUGUUCCCUGAGCCAGAAAGGUUUAGCUUUGUGUUCAGACAGUAUUUAAAUCAGGUUGUUUCAGUGGCGUACUGUAAUUUGAAAGCUACAUUCAGGAAAGAUUACAUUUUGUACAAACCAUGUAUAGAAGCACAGUAAAGAUGAUAUUACUCUUCUUAAUGGGGGGGGGGGGGAUGCCUAUUUAAAGAUAAGGAAAAUAAAAUGAGUUACAUUAUGGCAUUCAUCUCAAAACCAUUAUAGCUGUACGCAAAUGUUCAUGUUUGAUAAGCAUCUUUGAAAUCAUACCGUAAUGAAACAACUUUUAACAGCUGCAACUCUUUUCAUAUAGAGUAAAAGAUGAGCUUUUCAUUUCGAUUCAUGUGUCUAUAAGCCUUAUGUUGUAAAUAAACUGGACCUGCCUUCAUUCAUGUCCAUUUGCAGUGUUAGCAAUGCUAUCUCGUUGGCCACUGAAGGCAAAAAGUGUUGGUAACCACGGCAAAUGUGCACUCUUUGUAAUUUGUUGGAAUUUCUAUGUGCAAUGUUGGGGCUUUAACAUUUUGCAGCUAUUUAUAAUACUUUUGUGUUAAAUCGACAUUGUUAAGUACAUGUAUCAGCCACUGCGAGUUGAGAUAUGAUGUGUCUGUGGCUCUUUUGCUGGGUUCUCUGUGUUCAGUAUUAUUUUGUAAAAGCUUAAGCCUCGUUGGUGAAAUUGAAUAAUUUGUGUCUACGUCACACUUCCGUUAUGAAUGUCGUUACUGAUUUUUAUCAUUAUACCAAAGUUAAUCCUCAUGUACCUAAACAAUUCACCCUGUUUGGUGGUUCUAAUUUGUAACAAUAAGUUAUGAGUGCAAUUCUGACUCCUAGAGCUGGAGUUUACAUGUAUUGAUUGUCGAUUUAUUUAUUGCGUCUUGUUCGGUUUUUGUUCAUCGAAUUUGAGUAGUGUUUCAUUAUGUCAAAUUAUGAAUUUUCAUUUGUGUAUCUGCUCAUAGCAGUAGCCUAUUAAUGUAAGUUUGCAUGACUAAGUGACAAAUUAGUAAAUGUUCCAUUCCCAUGAGAUUUGUUUGCUUUCAGUUCGUUUUGUUUGAAAUACUCUAGCUGUAGUACAAGGAAAAAGCAGCGAGUGAAUUCUAGAUCCUUCCGUACCAAAUCGUGGGUUUAAGAGGCGAGUUGCAGUAGUACAAUAACCCAAAAAAACAACUGUCAACGCAUGUCACUAAAACCUAUUUGCAAUUAGGCCUACUCUAUUGCUGAAUUUAAAUAACAUGAUGGGUCAGUAAAGUAUGGGUUUUCAGGUUCUUAGUUUUAUUUAAGUUAGUUUCUCAUAAUGUAUAGAUGUACAGACAACAUGAAACCUGGACGUAGCGACACCCUGUUUUUUACAUUACAGUAUAAUGUCAUUUUGAAUGUUUUUGACUCUAUUAAUUUUGCAUGUACAUUUCUUUGUACAGAACCCAUACAUGUUUGCACAUUCUGUGCUGUACAUAAGUUACUUUACCCUCAGUUAUUUUUAGAUUAAACAUCUGAAACAUUUUAUUGGUACGUGUAGUCUCUGAUGUUUUUAUUGUUUGCAAUUGUGGUUUGGCUUCUGUACGUG